UUAUUUCUAGAGAAUAUAUGGCUGGUUUGUUUGAUAAGCAAGCUGAUUUUUACCUGGAUGCUAGGCCAACUUAUCCAACCCACUGGUACUCCAUGUUGGCUGCUCUCACCCCUCACCAUUCUUUAGCUUGGGAUGUUGGCACCGGCAAUGGUCAAGCUGCUAUCGCUGUUGCUGAGCAUUAUGAGCAGGUAAUUGGAACCGAUGUGAGUGAGGCACAGUUAAAACUUGCACUGCCACACCCUCAUGUUCAAUAUCUCCAUACUCCAUUAUCCAUCACAGAUGAUGAAUUAGUGGCCCUAAUUGGAGGAGAAAAUUCAGUUGAUCUAGUGACUGUGGCUCAAGCUGUCCACUGGUUUGACCUCCCCAAGUUCUACUCCCUUGUGACACACCUUCUAAGAAAGCCAGGAGGUGUAAUUGCUGUUUGGGGUUAUAAUGACAUAGUAGUUAGCCCCAUAUUUGAUCCCAUAAUGAAGCGCUUUCAUGACACCACUCUUCCCUAUUGGAACCCAAAUAUACAACACAUAUUUGAUGCUUAUAAGGCACUUCCAUUUCCUUUUGAAAGUGUAGGUUUAGGGUGUGAGGGGAAACCACAACUACUAGAUAUGCCAAAAGAGUUGACAUUUGAGGGAUUCUUGAGAAUGUUAAUGUCAUGGUCUGCAGUAAUUACAGCCAAGGAUCAAGGUAUUGAUUUGUUAUCUGAAAGUGUAGUUAAAGAGUUUGAAAAUGCUUGGGGAGGACCUAAAUUGAUCAGAUCAGUCAUUUAUAAGGGUUUUAUGCUUGUUGGAAAAGUUAAACUUUAGUUUUCUUUCUUAGAAUUUCAUUGUAAAGACAAGGUAAUGUGUUGGGGAAAGAGGGGCAUGUUGUCAACGGUCAACCACUAUGAUGACGUCAGAAAGAUGACGUAAGCUGAAGACCUCAGCUAGGGCUGACGUGGAUGAUGACGUGUAAUGAUGACGUCAUCGAUGAUGUCAGCAGGUGCACAGCGGCACGUGGAGCACGUGAGGCGCGUGAGUCAAUCCUCGCUGAAACUUUGGUCGGCGCGUGGAGAGUCCGAUGAGGCUGAUUUUUCUCCGGUUAUGUAGAUCGGAGAAAGACGAUUCCGAUAAUGGCGGCGAUGAGUUGAUCGGAGCAAUACUGAUGGCGCGUGAGGCGCGUGGACAAGCUGCAGAAUCUUUGACCGGCGCGUGGAAGCGCAUGAAUGGUCAGCUGAUGAUGAUUUUGGCGGCUUUGUGUAGAUUGGUUGAAGAUCUACCCGGUGAUAGGUCUUAUGUCUUAAUUGGAGAUCCGGUGUGGAAGAUCCGACGGAAGCAGUGAUCUUGGUGGCGGUGAAGAUUCAACCUUUGCACCUCUAACGGCGGUGGAACAGUCAGGAGAGGGCACGGAAAAGGUUUACUGACCGAUGAAGUCGAGGCAGCGGAAAAUACCAACAAAGACAGGACUGCAAGACACAAGAAAAUUAGAGUAAUGGCUCUGAUACCAUGUUAGAAAUACUGAAUGAUUGUAUUGUAUUUCUCAAGUAAUAGAAUA